AUGUAAUUGCUCUCGAUUAAGAACAUAUUUGAAUAUUAAGAUAAGAAAUUGGAUGGUGUCAAGGAGAAUCUAUUCAAAAAUAUUAAUCAACUUUAAGGAUUAGGAGUGCCCGAUAUCUGCAUUAUCACCAAACAACAGCCCAUCAAUAUAAUAAAAUCAUCCUAUGAGACCUCCUCUUCAUUCCACUUCGUCUAAGGCCUGUGCCCACAAUCGUAGGCAGAUGUUUUUGCGUAUUUAGAAAGCGUUGUGCAAAAUUAAGAAAAAGAGAGAUAAAACAUCUUCUUCUCCAAGGUUUAAAGCAUUACUAAAGUAAAUGGAGCAUAUAUCAAGGUGACAUACCUCUGCUAUGACAUAUUCUCAAAGGCUUUCUUAGUCUGUGAAGCCUCGUUUGAAGGCCAGAAAAACAAAAGUGUAUUUUUAGUACAAGAAAACUAAAGAAUGAUCUAGCCCACACAGUAGCAUUGGAAUGGGGCAUACAUAAGCAAUAUAUUGCGAGCAAUAGAUGAAGAUUUUAAGCUUGUAGGAGUGGGACGAUUUUUUAACAACCUAUGUUUAAAAAAUAACACUAAAUUGUGCAAAAUGAUUGAAUCAAUGCUUGAAUUAAUCACAAUAAACGUAAACUAAUUUUAGGACUUUGAUAAAAUAAGAUCCAAUCAAUGUUUUUGUGAUAUAAAUGAUGUCUUAUACUAUUUAUGUUGGCCUUUGGAUAUAUUGGUAUCACAUUUAGUAAAAUCUCAUCAAUUAUUCAUUUUGGUUAAAGAGUUAGACAAAAUAUAAAGCAAUGUUAUUUUUCAUCUGAUUAAAAGCAUGAUAUUCUAUAAAAUGAAGUAAAGCUAAAUGUAAAUUAGAUAAUACCAAAGGUCCUUAUCAUGUAUAGGUAAUAUCACUCAAAAAGUAUAGUAAUUUAAUUUGGUAAAAUACAUAUUGGGCAAAGUUUUGAUCAAAUUGGGCAAAUAUUAGCAGGCAUUUUAAAUCCUCCAAGAUACUCUGACAAACUCAUAUGAGAAUUAAGUAGUUUGGAUUGCUCUUGUAAAAAGAGCCAAACUUAUCUUAGGCAUCCAUAUUUAGAAAAUAAAAUAAUUAUCAGGUUUCUCUGAGCCUAUUAAACAAAGCAGCAGGCCUUUAAGGAAUGAAGAUGAGAAAAUAAACGUGGUUAGAGAUUCAUCUCACAAAUUACCGAGUGAUGACUCAAUAUCAUUCAUUAACCAGUCUAAAUGA